AUGAUUAAAGACUCCUCCCACCUUUCGGGGAUACGACAGAACGAGGGUGAAUCUCUCAAAGAGUAUUUUCAAAGGUUUUCUACAGAAGCCCGACAAAUUCCAGGGGUAGAUCCCGAAUUGCUACGAGGUGUAUUUCUUGGAGGGCUUCGUCCAGGCCCUUUCUACUCGGCACUUAUGCGAGAAACGGUCCAUUCUUAUGCGGAUUUAAUCCAUCGAGUAGAGGCCCAAAUCACUGUCGACGAAGCCAUCAAUGCUCAUAGGAAGCAAUUCGAGCAAGCAACCGGGAAGCGAAAAAAUCCCCCAGGGACGGAGAAUCCCCCCUCGCAAAGGAAGAAGCAAGGAAAAUACAAUCUUCCUCCUCGACCCUCACAGCCUAGACAAGAAAAAGAGUACACGCCACUUAAUACAUCCCGAGCAAAUGUAUUAAUGGCCAUCCGAGACCAAGAGAGUGUAAAGUGGCCGUACCCUUUAAAGCCUAAUACCGAAAACCAAGAACAGUAUUGUCAUUUCCACCGCAGUCGUGGACACACCACUGAAGCAUGCAGGCAGCUCAAGGAGGAAAUUGAGAGACUGAUCCGACAAGGAUAUCUCCGACAGUUCGUCAAGAAUCCAACAGCUCGAGAAGAAACUGUUCCAACUGGGGGGCAAGAUCAACAAAAACAGUCGACGAACAAUCGCCAGAUGGUCGGCGAAAUUGAAACUAUUGCUGGAGGCCCUUCAACGCCUUGUCAAGUUCUAAUCGCAGAGAACAAGGAGCCACCAACAAAAAAGCUUCAUGUCGAUCACUCCAUCACCUUCAAGGAGUCUGAUCUAGAAGGUGUAAAGACUCCUCAUCAAGACCCACUGGUGAUUAGCGCAGGAAUUGGCGACCCAUGCUACAAUAUUAAAAGGAUCUUGGUAGAUAAUGGAAGCUCAGUAGAUGUUCUAUUCUACUCUACUUUUCUUAGCAUGGGCCUAUCUAGAGAGAAACUCCAGCCUGCUGCCGGUCCACUGUACGGAUUUGACAACCGGCCUGUAAGAGUCGAAGGAACUCUCCCAGUCAUACUUGGAGAAUUCCCCCGUCAAGUUGAGCACCCCAUUAUGUUCAUUGUAGUGAAGUCCGAAUCAGCCUACAAUGCAAUCUUUGGAAGGCCACUCCAAACAAUCUUCGGGGCUGUUGCUUCAAUUCCCCACUUAAAGCUCAAGUUUCCUACCCCAUUGGGGAUCGGAACGAUACGAGGAGAUCAACAAGUAGCACAAUCGUGCUAUCUUAGGAAGGCUCAACCACACUCAUCAGUUACUCUAAGCAUCGAAGACUUCGAUCUUUGGAAUGAAGAUAUCCCUCAAAGGGCCUCCCCUGUAGAAGAUCUUACCUGUGUCUCCCUAUCAGAAGAACAUCCCUCGAUAACAGUACAAAUCGGAUCACUCCUCUCAGAUACAGAGAAAAAUGAAUACGUAGACUUUCUAUGUACAAAUCAAGAUGUAUUUGCAUGGAGUUCGGCUGAUAUGCCCAGCAUUAACCCUGAAGUAAUUAUGCACUCCCUCAAGAUCAACCCAGCGUAUAAACCAGUGAUUCAAAAGAAACGAAACUUCGCCCUAGAAUGUCAGCUGGCAAUCGAACAGGAGGUUGAUAAGCUUUUAAAAGCAAAAUUUAUAAGGGAAGUGCACUACCCAACUUGGCUAGCCAACGUCGUGAUGGUUCGGAAAAUAAGUGGAGCUUGGAGAAUGUGCGUGGACUAUACAGAUCUCAAUAAAGCUUGCCCCAAGGAUAGCUUCCCGCUCCCCCGAAUAGACCAGCUAGUUGACGCCACAUCCAGACAUCAGAUGUUAUGCUUUAUGGAUGCCUACUCCGGAUACAACCAAAUACAAAUGGAUCCUGCCGAUGAGGAGGCAACAUCUUUUCAAACAUAUAAAGGGUUAUAUUGUUACCUGAUAAUGCUAUUCGGGCUCAAAAAUGCAGGGGCAAUUUACCAACGACUUAUGAAAAAGAUUUUUAAGAACCUUAUUGGACGUACAAUGGAAGUCUAUGUGGACGACAUGCUGGUGAAGAGCCUCGAGAAAUCUCAGCAUAUCUCGGAUUUGGAAGAAUGUUUUAGCCUCCUCCGAUCUUACAACAUGCACCUCAACCCCUCUAAAUGUGCAUUUGGAGUCACCUCAGGAAAGUUUCUGGGAUUCAUGGUUACCCACCGAGGGAUUGAGGCCAACCCGGAAAAGAUCAAGGCCCUAAGGGACAUGCUACCCCCCAGAAAUAUCAAAGAAGUUCAGAGACUGAAUGGAAGGAUUGCAGCACUCUCUCGAUUUCUGGCUCGUUCGGGAGAUAAAUAUUUGCCUUUCUUCAAGAUCCUCAGAGGGGCUCGUAGCUUAGGAUUCCAAUGGACUGAUAAAUGCCAAGAGGCUUUUGAACAACUCCGUACUUAUCUAGCUUCACCACCGCUACUCUCAAAGCCAAUUCCAUGGGAAAUUUUGUAUAUGUUCAUGACUGUCUCUUCUCAGGCUAUAAGUUCGGUCUUGGUUCGGAUGGAUGAUUCGAUUCAACGCCCAGUCUAUUACAUCAGCAAGAUACUUUCAGAUGUUGAAAUGCGUUAUCCAUUGGCAGACAAAACAGCCUUAGCAUUAGUCUUCUCAGCCAGGAAGUUACGACCUUAUUUUCAGGCACACGCGAUCAGGGUUUAUACAAACCUACCGCUGAAAAAUAUUCUUCAAAAACCCGAGGCAUCCGGAAGAUUGAUCAAAUGGUCAGUAGAACUUGGAGAGUUCGAUAUACAGUUCCUACCUAGACCCGACAUCAAGUCACAGGUGCUUGCCGAUUUUGUGGUCGAAUGUACUAGCUACACCUCCGAGGGAUCACCUGAUGUGUCUCCAUCCUCCUCCUGCUGGACAUUGUAUAUAGACGGAGCUUCUGGGAGUUCUGGUGCUGACACUGGAAUCUUAUUAAUCUCCCCACAGAAAGCCACACUCGAAUAUAGGCUUAGACUAAAGUUUCCGACAACAAACAAUAUUGCUGAAUAUGAAGCUUUAAUCGCUGGGUUGAGAUUGACGAUUGAUUGCGAAGUCCAAGGCUUAGUGGUUCACACUGAUUCCCAACUGGUUGCUUCUCAAGUAGAAGGGGAAUUCGAUACUCACAAUCCACUCUUGGCUCAAUAUUGCCAGAUAGUUAAAACCUUGUUGGCCCAAAUAGCAAAGCAUCAGGUCAUCCAUAUUCUUCGAGAGCAAAACGCAAGGGCAGACUCUCUCUCCAAGCUAGCAACUUCUACAACGGGAGAUGUUUUUAAAUGA